AGGAAGAGCCAGGGGCUAGAGGCUACCGGCUUAAAGGCAGCCUGGGAGUGAGGCCGCUCAGCUAGAGGAAGGAAAGCGCUCCCAAGCCCCCAGGCAGAAGCCCCACAGAUGUCAGAGGUCACGGACUCAGCCCUGGGGUGUUGGGCAACUUGAGAUCACCUGCAGAGUAGCCUGCAGGUGGCAGUCCAUGAGGAGGACCUGACAGGGGUAGAGAGGGCCUUGCAGGUCUCACCAAUCCAGAGAUGGAGCAGAAGGAAGGGAAGCCCUCUGAGGACGGGACCACCGUCUCCCCGACUGCAGAGGCCCGAGGGACGCUGGGAGGUGAAGCCUCUGCAGAGGAGGUGGCCAAAGGCACAGCAGAGAAGACUGUCAAAGAGGGGACCCCAGAUGAGGCAGGAAAACAGGAAAGAGCACCAGCCGAGAACGAGGACAGCAUUUCAGCUGAAUUCGAGGGGGAAGCAAAUGGGUUGAGUGAGGUCAAGGUGGAAUCCAAAGGGGAGAUCGAACCUCAGAAGGAAGAUGGUGGGAAGGAAGAGGCCACAGCGGCUCCUCAGGAGAUGGCCCAUAGGAAAGAAGAGACCAAAUCUGAACCCAAGCAGGCUGAGGGAAAAGAGAAGACCAUGCUGGCCUCUGAGAAGCAGAAGGCUGAUGAGAAAGAGGCCAAGCCUGAAUCUGGGGAGAAAGCUGACGUGAAUGAGGAGGCCAAGGCUGAGCUGAAGCAGGCCGCUGGGGAGCAGGAGCCCAAGGCUGGAGCUAGGGAGGCUGAGGAGCAGGAGGAGGCCGCGGCAGCCUCUCAGGAGAGCGACAAAACACAGGAGCCCAAGGCUGAAGCCCAGGAGAAAGCCCAUGUCCCAGAGGCCCAGGCAGACUCUCAGAAGAAGGCUGCUGUGGAAGAUGAGGCCAAGGCUGAACCUCAGGAGGCUGAUGUGAAGGAGGAGGUGGAGUCAGGCAGUCCUAAUGAGGAGCAGGAUGAGGGGGAGGAGAGAGAGUCAGAGGAAGGGGCAGGAGUGAUGCCCAGCUCCCCUGAGGAGUGGCCCGAGAGCCCCACGGAGGAGGGCCACGGCACCAGCCCAGAUGGGUUGGGUCCAGAUACCGCGGCUUCCGGAGAGACCAGUCCUUCAGCCAGUGAGUCUUCACCCAGCGAUGUGCCCCAGAGUCCCAAGGAGCCCCCUCCCUCACAGGAGGAGAAGAAGAAGGAGAAGGUACCUGAGCGCAGGGUGUCAGCCCCUGCCCGGCCCCGGGGGCCCCGUGCACAGAACCGCAAAGCCAUCGUGGACAAGUUUGGCGGGGCAGCCUCGGGCACCACAGCCCUGUUCCGAAACACCAAGGCAGCUGGGGCAGCCAUUGGCGGUGUCAAGAACAUGCUCUUGGAGUGGUGCCGGGCCAUGACCAAAAAAUACGAGCACGUGGACAUCCAGAACUUCUCUUCAAGCUGGAGCAGCGGCAUGGCCUUCUGCGCCCUCAUCCACAAGUUCUUCCCCGAUGCCUUUGACUACACGGCGCUGGACCCCACGCAGCGCCGGCACAACUUCACCCUGGCGUUCUCCACGGCAGAGAAACUAGCCGACUGCGCCCAGCUGCUGGAGGUGGAUGACAUGGUGCGGCUGGCGGUGCCUGACUCCAAAUGUGUCUACACCUACAUCCAGGAGCUGUACCGCAGCCUUGUGCAAAAGGGACUGGUGAAGACCAAGAAGAAAUGAGGAGUGACUGACCCUGCGGGCAGAGCUGGGCAGGGCGCCCAGCUGACCAGCUGGGACUCAGGCAAGGGCAGGUGGCACCAGUCUUAACUGCAUUAAAAGUACUUUUGUAAAAUCCA